AUGGUUCGGUGUGCUAAAACGAAACAAAUCGAGCGAAAGAAAUUGUCGGAUCCACAGACGAAUUCAGCUGAUCAAUCUUCAUCAAAAAUUCUUCAUGUAGUUCGUCAAGCUUUACUCAACGCUGCUGCAGAACUUGUUGCACAACAGAAAACUUCAGCAGAGAAUCCGCAGACAUCAAAUUUGAAUAUGAAUGAAAAUGCGACAAAGAAAAAGGCGAAGAAAACGAUAGUAGCUCGAAAAAAGACUCGACGAAAAUAG